GUCCUCCCCGACUAUUUUCGCUGCCAGAGGGGGAUUUGUGUUCGAAAAUGGCGACGUCUCGUCGCACUUCCCAGCAGCAACAACAACAAAACUUAUCCUCCCCGCCACGAACAGGCUCUAGUUCCCUCAUGCUUCCAGAAUCACCCCCCGACACCGGCGAACCCGCUGCUGGUGGGGAGUCGGAGAGAACCGGGGACCCGGAGAUCACUUCUGAAAUACCCACUCCGCUCCUCAGCACUAGUAGCAGCAGCAGCAGCACCAGCUCCAGCAGCACUAGCUCAUCUACCACCGGCGGGGGCAGUAGUGCGGGCUCCACUCCCGACUCCGGUAGCGCCAGUCCUGGAGGCAGCGGCUGCGGGACGAGUGGGGCUUUCAGGGAGCUGUUUGAGGCCUGCAGGAAUGGGGAUGUGUCUCGGGUGAAAAGGCUGGUGGAUACGGUCAAUGUAAACGCGAAGGACAUGGCCGGGCGCAAGUCCACCCCGCUUCACUUUGCCGCAGGUUUUGGAAGGAAAGACGUUGUGGAGCAUCUUCUGCAGACGGGGGCAAAUGUGCAUGCGCGAGACGAUGGAGGGUUGAUCCCGCUGCACAACGCAUGUUCUUUUGGUCAUGCUGAGGUGGUCAGUUUGCUGCUGUGCCAGGGGGGAGAUCCCAACGCCAGAGACAACUGGAAUUACACUCCGCUGCAUGAAGCUGCCAUCAAGGGUAAAAUCGAUGUAUGCAUUGUGCUGCUCCAGCACGGCGCCGAUCCCAACAUCCGCAACACCGACGGCAAGUCUGCCCUGGACCUCGCUGACCCAUCUGCUAAAGCUGUUCUUACUGGUGAAUACAAGAAGGACGAACUCCUGGAAGCUGCGAGGAGCGGAAAUGAAGAGAAGCUCAUGGCACUGCUUACACCAUUAAACGUCAACUGCCACGCCAGCGACGGUCGUAAGUCGACAUCUCAAAAAAUGCUGUCCACUCCAUUACAUCUGGCAGCUGGGUACAACAGAGUCCGAAUAGUUCAGCUGCUUCUCCAACAUGGAGCUGAUGUUCACGCUAAAGAUAAAGGUGGUCUUGUUCCUCUACACAAUGCCUGCUCGUAUGGACACUAUGAGGUUACAGAGCUACUGCUAAAGCAUGGGGCGUGCGUCAAUGCCAUGGACCUCUGGCAGUUCACCCCUUUGCACGAGGCCGCCUCCAAGAAUCGCGUGGAAGUGUGUUCCUUACUGCUGAGUCACGGAGCCGACCCCACUCUGGUCAAUUGCCAUGGAAAGAGCGCGGUGGAUAUGGCCCCGACCCCAGAACUCAAAGAGAGGCUCACCUAUGAGUUCAAGGGCCACUCACUGCUCCAGGCAGCACGGGAGGCAGACAUGACAAAAGUGAAGAAGAACCUGGCUCUGGAGAUCAUCAACUUCAAGCACCCACAGACGCAAGAGACAGCACUGCACUGUGCAGUUGCCUCACCCCAUCCAAAAAGAAAACAGGUCACCGAAAUGCUGCUACGGAAAGGAGCCAAUGUCAAUGAAAAGAACAAAGACUUCAUGACACCUCUCCAUGUGGCGGCAGAGCGGGCACACAACGACAUUAUGGAGGUGUUGCAGAAACACGGGGCAAAGAUGAAUGCCGUUGAUACUCUGGGUCAGACGGCAUUGCACAGGGCAGCUCUGGCUGGACACUUGCAGACCUGCAGGCUGCUGUUGAGUUAUGGAGCCGAUCCUGCCAUAGUCUCUCUACAGGGCUUCUCAGCUGCACAGAUGGGCAAUGAAGCUGUACAGCAGAUACUGAACGAAAACAUUCCAGUGAGGAACUCUGAUGUGGACUACAGACUCUUAGAAGCAGCAAAAGCAGGAGACUUAGACACUGUGAAGCAACUCUGCUCUUCUCAGAAUGUGAACUGUCGAGACCUAGAGGGCCGGCACUCCACGCCACUCCACUUUGCCGCCGGCUACAAUCGCGUGGCCUUGGUUGAGUACCUGUUACACCACGGCGCCGAUGUUCACGCCAAAGACAAAGGAGGUUUGGUGCCAUUGCAUAAUGCUUGCUCAUACGGCCAUUAUGAAGUGGCAGAGCUGCUGGUUAGGCACGGAGCUUCGGUCAACGUGGCCGACCUGUGGAAGUUCACCCCACUGCACGAGGCAGCGGCCAAGGGCAAAUAUGAGAUCUGCAAAUUGCUUCUGAAGCAUGGAGCAGACCCCACCAAGAAGAAUCGGGAUGGAAACACUCCAUUGGACAUGGUGAAGGAGGGAGACACAGAUAUCCAGGACUUGCUGAGAGGAGAUGCAGCACUUUUGGAUGCCGCCAAAAAAGGCUGCCUGGCCCGGGUCCAAAAACUGUGCAGCUUGGAGAACAUCAACUGCAGAGACACACAGGGACGCAACUCCACUCCCCUGCACCUGGCAGCUGGCUAUAACAAUCUAGAGGUCGCUGAGUACCUACUUGAACAUGGGGCGGACGUAAAUGCGCAAGACAAAGGUGGCCUUAUUCCCCUCCACAAUGCAGCCUCGUAUGGGCAUGUGGAUAUUGCAGCCCUGCUGAUCAAGUAUAACACCUGUGUAAAUGCCACUGAUAAAUGGGCCUUUACCCCCCUCCAUGAGGCUGCACAGAAGGGCCGCACGCAGCUCUGUGCACUGCUGCUUGCCCACGGGGCCGACCCCACCAUGAAGAACCAGGAGGGCCAGGCGCCACUGGACUUGGCGACGGCUGAUGAUAUCCGGGCACUGCUGAUUGAUGCCAUGCCCCCUGAAGCCCUUCCUAGUUGUUUCAAACCACAGGCUACAGUGGUCAGUGCUUCUGUCAUCUCCCCAACAUCCACACCCUCCUGCCUGUCUGCUGCCAGCAGCAUAGACAAUCUGGCCGGACCCCUAGCAGAACUGGCUGUGUCUGGGGCCUCGGGCCCGGCUGAUGGGGCCACUGGAUCAGAGAGGAAGGAGGGAGAAAUUGCAAUUCUGGAUAUGAACAUCAGUCAGUUUCUGAAGAGUUUGGGUUUGGAGCAUUUGCGUGAUAUUUUUGAGAGGGAACAGAUUACGUUGGAUGUGCUGGCUGAUAUGGGGCAUGAGGAGCUCAAGGAGAUUGGGAUCAACGCAUAUGGGCACAGACACAAACUUAUCAAAGGCAUUGAGAGACUACUGGGUGGUCAACAAGGUGCCAACCCAUACCUGACAUUCCACUGUGCAACUCAGGGCACAGUGCUGAUCGACCUAGCCCCUGAUGAUAAGGAGUUUCAGUCAGUAGAGGAGGAGCUGCAAAGCACGAUCAGAGAGCACAGGGAUGGUGGCAAUGCAGGAGGCGUUUUCAGCAGGUACAACAUCUUGAAGAUUCAGAAGGUGGUGAACAAGAAGCUGAGGGAAAGAUAUGCACACCGGCAGAAGGAGAUUGCAGACGAGAACCACAAUCAUCACAACGAGCGCAUGCUCUUUCACGGGUCACCAUUCAUCAACGCCAUUAUCCAUAAAGGGUUUGAUGAGAGACACGCCUACAUUGGGGGCAUGUUUGGGGCUGGGAUCUACUUUGCAGAGAACUCCUCUAAAAGCAACCAGUAUGUCUAUGGCAUUGGAGGUGGAACGGGCUGCCCCACACAUAAAGACCGGUCCUGUUAUAUUUGUCAUAGGCAGAUGCUGUUCUGUAGGGUCACUCUGGGUAAAUCCUUCUUGCAAUUCAGUGCCAUGAAAAUGGCUCACGCUCCUCCAGGGCAUCAUUCCAUCAUUGGUCGUCCCAGCGUCAAUGGAUUAGCCUACGCCGAAUAUGUCAUCUAUCGAGGGGAACAGGCCUACCCAGAGUACCUCAUCACAUAUCAGAUCAUCAAGCCAGACAGUACACCUCCAUCCCCAAAAGCAGCAGAGCAGAAAUCCUAGUCCACAUGGGACCAAGAUCAGCAGGCUCAGACUGUUACCCAAACAUUUCAUACACACUCUCACACACACUUCAAACUUCCACAGAUGACUCCUCAUGUCCUCUGCCCAAACAGUACAAUAGGAAUUCAUUCAUUUACCCAUAAACCUCUGUACUGCCUUUUUAUUUUGCAGUUAUUUGCCAUUUCUGUCCCCAUGAGUGUUUACAAGAAAGAGUUGCCUUGGCUGGCCGCGUCCUAGCUCUUUUAGGACAGGAUAAAGGUCAUGCACUGUUUCAGGGCUAAAUGAAAGGACUUGAAAGAGCGAAUGACUCUGUAAAAUGACGCUCUGUGAAAGACAACAAGUGACCUCUUCCCCUUCAUUAAACUCAAUUUAACACUGUUUUAACUCGAGCAUUACACUUUAUUAAGCUUCUCUUUCUUUGAAACAGUUUUAUUAUUACUGUGAUCUACAUAUAUUUGUUUUUUAUUUUCCUCCAUAUAAUUCACAUUAAGAAAAUGGGCCUUGUCCCCGUUACACUUCAAAGGGACCUGAUAUUUCAGUGAUCCCGUCACCCUUGAAGUUCACUGAAGUGAGGACUUAUUGUGUUGCGGUUUUAUUUUUUCUUCUUUAUGUAUUGUAUUAAAAAAAAAAGCCUUAGAGGGUUUAUAAAAGUAAAAAGAAUGUUGAUGUGGAGACCAGAGCUAUUCAAAAGGCCUUUAACAACAAAACAGAAAAAAAAAAUCUUAUAUGUUUUUUUUAUGUACUUUGUACUCAUUUUUACCCCCCAUUUCUUUGCACAGGAAUUCUGCUCUGAAUGUUCCAUUCCAUUACCAUCAGAAAACACAUAAAUUUGCACUUUUAAGCAGGACUUAAGUUAUUCUGAAUAAUUUUAAAAUGACACAGGAAAAAAAAAAGUCCAGUAAUGUACAUGUUGUGUAAUGGACAAUGCCUUUGUAUAUCUUUUAAUGUUGUUUACUGAUACAGAGUGGGUUUUAUUAGUACUGUAAAAGAAGUGGGAAUUCUUUCUUUCAGAUCUUUCCUUCUAUAUUUUCAGAUGAUCGUUGAUUAAGUGUCUCCGCUUUGGAAGUCACUCAUUUGGUUUCACUUUGUUUUAGCUCACGACCACAGAAAUUCCUUAAUUUUGUUCAUUCCAAUACUGUUUCUCUGGUGCAAGAGAAACGCCUCUUUUCUGAGGAUGUCAGUAACGUAUUUCCAGUUACACACUACUGAUAUAUCAGCAGCUUGGAUGGCACACAUUCAUGUUACAGAAUAAAAUGAAGGAUGUAGUCUUGUAUAUGGACAUGGCUCUACCUCUUGAAGUCUGUUCGCAAGUUCACAACACUCCUGUCUGGUUUGGUUGCUUUGCUCAGGUGAAGGUGAUCUGCCUUACUCCAGGGCUCUCUGUGUUCAAACCAGAGAGAAAGAGAGAUCAGACUUGUUUUUCUCCCCUCUUAAAGUCAAUAAGUGGGAGAGAAACAUUCCUUUAUAAUCUCAAUUCUAUGAUCUGUAUUUUUAUUUUAUUUCCGUUUUCCUGUGAACUUAAAUCAGAUCUAGAAGCGUCUUAUCUACCAUAAGCAAUCUGCGGACUAAUCAAACACUCGUCAGUUGUGUAAAAUGGUCUUAAUAAAGUACAUGUCAUAAAUACCA